ACGAGGUAGCAGAAAACAUGGUAGGAUUUAAACCGUCAGAUGUUCCUCCUCCACUCGGGGUGAAGAUGGCGAGUGCUGGAGCAGCAGCCUGUAUAGCUGACAUCGUCACAUUUCCUCUGGACACAGCCAAAGUCAGACUACAGAUUCAGGGAGAGAAGAAGGCAGUUCAAGGCAUCCGCUACAGAGGGGUGUUUGGGACGAUCAGCACCAUGAUCCGAACAGAAGGACCCAAGUCUCUGUAUAACGGGCUGGUGGCUGGUCUGCAGAGACAAGUGUGCUUUGCCUCUGUCAGAAUCGGCCUCUAUGACAACGUCAAAAACUUCUACACAGGUGGAAAAGACAAUCCAGGUGUACUUAUACGUAUCCUAGCUGGCUGCACCACAGGUGCCAUGGCAGUGUCUUUUGCACAACCCACUGAUGUUGUCAAGGUUCGAUUCCAGGCCCAGAUGAACCUGGAUGGAGUGGCUCGUCGCUACAAUGGCACCAUGCAGGCUUACAAACAUAUCUUCCAGAACGAGGGCUUACGUGGGCUCUGGAAAGGCACAUUACCCAACAUCACAAGAAACGCACUGGUCAACUGUACAGAGCUGGUUACAUACGACCUGAUCAAGGAGGCCAUCCUUAAACAUAACCUCAUGUCAGACAAUCUACCGUGCCAUUUUGUAUCUGCGUUUGGUGCCGGCUUUGUUACCACAGUGAUUGCUUCCCCAGUGGAUGUGGUGAAAACCAGAUACAUGAACUCACCACCAGGUCAGUACAAGAGCGCCAUCAACUGUGCCUGGACAAUGCUAACUAAAGAGGGGCCAACUGCUUUCUACAAAGGAUUCGUGCCCUCGUUUCUGAGGUUAGGAUCAUGGAACAUUGUUAUGUUUGUCUCAUUUGAGCAAAUCAAGAGGGCCAUGAUGGUCACCAAGAAGAGGAUUGAGGCCACAAAUUGAGAUUCCUGUUUCAAAGUUUGA